AUGGCAGGCCGCAGGCUUCCGGACAUUCUGUACACCCCUGGGCAAAACAACGUCGGUGAGGUAGAGGAUGGAAUCAGCGAGUUACCCGACUCACUUCUUCAUCAUAUUCUUUCUUUCCUUGAUACCGAGUAUCUUGCUCAAACUUCCAUAAGUUCACCCACAUUUACGACCAUCCGUGUUCUUAAAAGUUAUUCUUUACCAAAACUCAGGAGCCUUACACUUCGUGGAGUCGAAUUUACUGAUGAGCAUCACAUUUAUAAUUGCCCUGUCCUUGAAAAUUUGAUUUUGGAUUGUUGCACUUGGUUUCAUGUGAGGAGUUUUUGCAUCUCAACACCUGCACUGAAACUCUUGGAAAUUGAUAAGGGAGGAUGGGAUUAUGAUGGUUUACAAGACUGUUCUCUCAAAAUUGAUGCACCAAAUCUAGUGUCACUUAGUUAUCGUACUAGUGUGGCGAAGGAAUAUGCUCUUUCCAGUUUUCUAACACUAGAAUCUGCAAAAGUUGGGCUUUAUGAUGAAUAUGAUGUACCAAGGGGGCAAAAGAUAGGUGCAGCUGGAAGUAAAAUUUUUCAAGCGCUUGCACAUGUAAAAACUCUAACGAUAUAUGAUAAAACUCUGGAGAAGUUGUUCCUAAAACUGGAAAACGCAACUGAUAAAUCACUAUUUCCACUGCUCAAAGCUGCACCUAGUUUGACUCGUCUCAUAUUUAAGGAGCGAAUUUGCGACAAUGUAGAAGAUGAUAGUUGGGAUGGUCUUCUGUUGACAGCAGGAUGUUUGUUUCAACACCUCAUGUCUGUUUGUUUCUGGUUUUUUGAUGGGAAUGCGAGGGAGAUGAGAUGGUUGAAACUAAUUUUGAGGAAUGCAAAAGCUUUGCAGAGAGUUAUUAUGUCAGAGUUCCCAAGUCUUCCAAAAGCCUCCGGCGGAUGUGUGCUUCAAUUAAACUAA